AAUCUACUUACUACAAUGCCUCGAGUGUCGAAAAAGUUAAAACUAGUUAGUGAUAUUGGGGAAUAUGCUGCAGCUACCGCAAUCCUAACUGAAGAUGAGGGAGAAAUCGACCAGCAAAUUCUGGAAUACUUUGAAAUUAUUGCAGUAAUUCAGUCGCAACGGUGUUCUGUUCCGAGAAUUCGAGUCCCAAAAUCAGAUGAAUGGUACCUCAGUGUGUUGGCCUCGUAUGACGACACUCGGUUCAAGAAAUAUCUUCGUGUCACACGAUUUGACUUUGGAAGAAUUCUGGAAAUGAUUAGAUGCCACUCUGUUUUUCAAGAAGUAACGAAGAAACAAAUUCCAAUCGAAAAACAACUAGCAAUUGCUUUAUACAAGUUUGGAACCAACGGUACAGCGUCAGGAGUAGGAAACGUGGCAGCUUUAUUUGGUGUUGGAGACGGUGGCACUGUGAUGAUGUCAGUUAGACGAGUGAUUAAGGCUCUGCUUCAUUUAAAGAACGAUUGGAUCAAGUGGCCAUCUCAAGAAGACCGGAAGGUUAUCGAAAAUUCAAUGGAAGCUGAGUUGCCAAAGUGCAUCGGUUACAUUGAUGGAAGUCACAUUAAUUUGGAAGAAUCUCCCAACACUGAUCCAGAAUCGUACUUUGACCGGAAGCAAAAUUAUUCUAUUCAGCUCCAGGCCGUAUGUGACAACUCUAGAAAAAUAAUCAAUAUUUUUGUUGGAUAUCCUGGUUCAACACAUGACGCCCGUGUCUUCAGCAAUUCGAAGAUUGGAAAACAUCCCGAACUAUUUUUAUCUGAAGGUCAAUGGAUUGCUGGAGACUCUGCAUACCCGGUCACAGACAAAGUUGUUACUCCCUUUCGCAGGAACUCCAACUUUGGCAAUGAGAGACAAAGAAAGGGUUUCAAUAAAUAUUUCGCAAGUUAUCGGGUGAAAAUCGAGUGUACAUUUGGAGUCUUGAAAGAAACAUUUUGCAGUCUAAAAGAACUUCGUGCGCGCAUUAACGACGAGGGUGGACACAAACUGGCGUGCGAAUGGAUCUCUGCUUGUUGCAUUUUAUAUAACAUUAUUCUGGAGUCUCUCGACAAACCGUCUGAAGGGGAUGAUUACUUUGAAGACGAGGAUGAAAUAAACCCCCCACAUCAUCAUGUUUACCGAAAUGCAAAACGAGAGGAGAUUUUUUAUUUUGUGAUUAAUAAGUUGGGAUUGUAGUUUUUGUAAAUUAUAUUACAAAGUUUAUUGAGUUGCCACAUUUUUUACGAGUAAGCAACUAAAAAUUUAACAAACGAAUUUUUUUUAACAAUUCAUUUAAGCCUAUAAGUUAAGUGUAAGACCAAACUAAUUAAUUAUUUUGAACGGGUGU